AAAUACCUGCGGUGUGACAAAAUGGAAAAGACUUCAGAUUCAGUAAAUGGUGUUUUAAAAACGGACAAGAUUGACCUUAUGAAUUAUCCUCAUAUUAUCGAUGAGUUAGCCGAAUGGUCCAUAAAUUUGGAUUCCAAAUUGUCAGCAGACAAUAGUUAUUCUGUUGCUGCAGAUUUGUUACGUUGCCGAAAUAUUUCGUUAUCCAGUGUGCAUUCCUCAUUUAAUUUAUCUUUGGAUGACAAGUUAUCGGAUAAUAAAGAGUCAGAUCCAUCUUCUCUUCCAAAGAUAAGUCACCAUUUAUAUAACUCAUGGAGAAAAUUGUCAGAAAUAAUGACUACUUGGUUUCCACCUUCCCAAGUCUUAGUCACUUAUGCUCAUUUGCGCGAAAAUAAUUGCCCUUGGCAAUUAGGUUAUCUUUCAUCUGAGUCCGUUCAAGGGCAAGCUUUAUGUCUGGUAGCAACUCAUUGGCUAGAGUUAAUGGAAUUGCCAAAUAAACUUCAAAGUUCUUAUUCUUUUUCAAUCCAUGAUUUAAAACAAUCAAAUGAUAUUACCCCACUUGAACUUAUUAAAUCUACUAAAAGCUUUACAUAUGUUGAGUCAGAUAUCAAACAAAUUGCUACAAAUCAUCCUUCCAGGAUAACAAGAAAGUGGUAUCUCAGUUACGUAGACCCAUGUCCACAGUGGCGUAUAGUUACUUUUGUAUCUUACAAACCCUACGAAAUAUUUGAGCAUGAAUUAUCAGACAAUAGCUCAAAUUCAGUUUUGGAUAAUCUGUAUUACAUAACCGCUAUAGGUUAUAGUAAUGGUUCCAUUGAUAUAAUUGACCUGUCAGUUGAUGAAAGCGAGAAACCUGACAUAGAUCAAAAUGUUCGACGUAGUCGGAUUUUUAUUACAUCUCCUUUUACACAGUCGAUUAAUUCACUCGGUUGCAAGAAACCACUCUUUCCAAUUAUUUUAUUAUCCUUCAUUGAUAUAUCUCACCUUUUAGUGGGACAUUUCCGAGGUCAUGUGGAUUUGUGGCAUUUAGAUUGGAAAGCGAAAAGUUUCCCAGCUCGUAUGAUGAUGAGAAUUUAUCCUGUCACUGCCUACCAGACUUCUAAACCACCUCCCUUAUUGGCCGCUGUAUAUGAUCCGUCAUCCAGAUUGCUUGUUUUAUCUAGUUUACCCAACACCAAUGUGUCUAAGGUGUCCAAAUCAAUGCACAAAAAGCUUGGAUUAACAUGUUAUUAUGUAUCCAGAAAGGCACCUUAUUUAUCUCUAACCUCUUCUCAUUCAACAUCUGAUGUGAUACCUGGUAGAUUGGUGAGUUUAUAUACUUCCUGUAAAGACAUAUCAGUUCAAUUACUAUCCAACCUAUUUCGUCGCAGCAGUUACCUAACUAAUGAUAACCAAGAUGCAAUCACUUCUAUGGCUUUGACAAACCUCAGCACUAAUUCACUCCCAAUUUUCUCAUCUUCAGAUAUGUCCAACCAGUUACUGCUUGGUAGCCUUCAUUCGUCUGGUUCGUACUCUGUUUGGUUGGUCCCCUCAUUUGAAUUGCUGCUUUUGAUUGCGAAUCCUCAAAUCAGUCCUAACUUUUCAUCAUCACCGGCAAAUGAAGAUUCUAAUGUGUGCAGUAGACCUUUCCAAAUAGCUUGGUGGGGUAGACCUUUAGAAGUAAAUGAAUUCUUAAAUCAGGAUAUUCAGUUAUGUGUUAUUCAUGAAAGUGGUUCAAUUGAUUUGUUAGAUAUAAAAAAAUCUGGUACAGAAUUUUAUCCCAAAAUAGCAAGAAAACUUAACGGUUUAAAAUUACCACAAUUUCCUGUAUUUGCUACACAUUCCUUGCUUCUAUCUCAUCCUGAAUCCUGUUCAUCUGAAAUUGUACUAUUAUCUUCCUGUUUAAAAGAGGAUUCUACAACUAAAGCUGAUAGUUCACAUGAUUCAUCUAAAACUAUUUUUCAUCAUCGUGUACGAUGUACACGAUUAAAAUCGACAACACAUAGUGGUUUAUUUGAUCAUUUUAUACGUAUGGGUAAAUUUCAAAAAGCUUUAGAAUUAAGUGAAACAAGUAAAGAGAAUAGUGAAAUUGUGUAUAAACAAAUGUGGAUUAGAUUAAGUACAGAAUUUUGGAAAUUUAAAAAUUUUGAACAAUUUAUUCAUUCAACACUCGAUUCUAUUGAAAUGCAUCCUUUAUGGGUUAUAAAACAAUGUCUAGAUUAUUUGCCUAGAUUUGUACCAUUGAAUGUGAACUACACCUUGCUAAUUUCAAGUAUUCGAUCCGUGUUAAAUUAUGGUUUAAAUAUGGUAAUAAACAAUAAACGCUUUAAUCAUAAAGAUAACAUUUGGUAUUCUGUUGUAAAAGAACGUUUCUUAAUUUACUUAACUCAUCUGAAUUGUUUGGAGUCUAUAAUACAAGCUGAAUUAUUGUUGUUACGUCAAUCAUCAUCAUCAUCUGAUGAUGAAUGCCUUCAUUUAUGUUUUGUGAAUCAAAUAACAUGUCAACCUUGUCUAGAUGAUAUUUUAGAAGCAUUCAACAAUUUUCGUAUUCAUUCAUUAUUGGAUAUUGCUUUUGAUUGGGCAAAAAAUCAACAAUUUAUUGCAUUGAAUAUUUUAUUUGCACACUUUCCUAAUUCCAUUGGUUUCUAUCGAUUAUUGAUUGCAUCGAGUUUAUCUGAGACAAUUAAUCCUAAUUUGUACUUUCAUAAACUAUUCAAUUUGAAUUCAAAUUUACAAAACAAUCAAAUAGCAGAUUCUAUGAUUCAUGUUCAAAAUGAUGAUGAUGAUAAUAAUAAUCAUAAUUCAAUUGUUGAAAAUAUCCAAUGUCAAUUUUCAAUGUCAUUAUGUUUGACUAUGGAAAUUUUAAAGAAUCCAUUGAAAUUAGUUAAACUAUUAUCUUAUUGGUUAAUUGAACGAGCUAUACAAAUUGAUACACGUUCUGGUCUCACGGAUUAUGCAUUAAAUCUAAUCAGUUUAGGUUUAUCUAUGUGUGAGGAAAUUUUCAAAGGAACUAAUAUUGACAAUGAAAUGGAAACAUGUUUAAAACAAUUGAAAAAAGUUCGUCGAGAUUUUAUUGAACUAGCACAAAUUAUUUACAAUAAAAAUGUAUGCCCAACUACAAUCUUACAAAUUUCAAAUGAUGUUACCAGCUCGAUAAACCGUGAAUUCACUAGUAAUACCGAUAGUACCAAUGAAAAUAUCAGAGCAUUUCAAUUGAAUAUAAAGAAAUUUCAACAUUUCAAUUCUAAAUCUAUCUUGACUCUUCUACUUCGAAUUAAUUUGAAUCAGAUCAACUUUGAUCGUCAGCAGCAUACAUCAUCAUCAUCGUCAUCAACAUCAUUGUCGUCUGUUACAUCAGAUAAACUAGUUUCAUUUGUUAUUCAACAUCUAUUGCCACAUUUAGCUGAGAAAUGUUCACCAUCUGAUUAUGAACAGUUAAUUAAUCAUUGUCUUUUAUAUGCAGCCAAUUGCAUUGGUUUAACUGGUCAUCAAAAACUCUUGGAAUCAUUGAAAUUGGGGUGUUUAAAUGAAUAUCAUCAUGAUUAUUUGUCAACUGAUUUAAAUAGUAAUUUUGAUACGAAUGAUUACUUAAAUAUUUUAAACCCAUAUCAACUAUUGAUGGGAUUAAUUUAUGUUUUAAAAGAAUAUAAACUUGAUUGUAGUAAAGUCGAUCAUCAUCAUCAACAACACCAACAAGAAUUAACUGUUUCAUUACUGUCGACUUAUUUAACUGAUACAAAUCAUUUAAUUCAAUCUAUGCGUAUUUAUUGUCAAGAGAAUAAAAUGUCCAUUUUAAAGACAGUAGUAUAUGAACAAGAAUAUGAACAUUUAUGCAAUACUAUACAUUUAUUCAAUCAAUUAAUCACAGCAUUAAUGGAACUUGUUGCAUUGAAACAAUCCAUUGAACAAUGGAUUGAUCUAUCGAAUUAUGCAUCAUUAUCAUUUCAUAUGAUUGGUACAUUUUAUCAAUGUAGUCAAAAUGUGAAAUAUUUUCAAAAUUUCUUAAAUUAUUGGAUACAAAUAUUUAGUCGAUUCAUUGUGUUUUAUGAACAGGAAAAUGUUGUUAUUAUGCAUGGUAGUGAUGAGAAUAAUAACAAGCAUAAUCAAUGUAGAAAACAAUUGGAAAUUUCUGAAGCAACUGUUAAAAAACUCAAUGAUACAUUUUAUCAAUUCUACAAAAUUCUUUCUAAAGCAUUCUAUCACUGUCCAUCGGAAUCAUGGUUAAAAAUAGGUUUACAAUAUGCAUUAUUCACUUCAGGAAAUGAUUAUUUUCUUGAAUUAUCUAAAAAUUUCUAUUUGAAUUUUAAUGAUUCUCAACAUGUGAAUUUAUGCAAAACAAUUGAACUAUCUGAUUAUGCAUUAAAUCAAUGGGGCAUGUGUUUAUUACAUGCUAUUCGUACUUAUGUGAAUACAUCGGUACCAAUAAGAUCCGAGUUGAAAAUGGCAUUUCACGACAUUCACCUAUCCACAGCAUCUAAUCAGAUUAUUGAUCCGAAUGAACGUUUAGCACGUCAUUGUUUAUCGAUUGUCGAUUCAUUACGUAAUAAUCGUGUAAAUUGGGAUGCAUCGAUUUUGUUGGCAUUUGAUAAAGAAAAAUCCCUAUUGAAUGCAUCCACUUAUCUUGCAACAAUCAAUACAAUGUUAUCAUCAUCCUCAUCGAAUCAACGUUUGAAUUCUUUUAUUACAUCACCUUAUCGAUUAAGAUCUUUAUGGUGUCAUGAUGAAAGUUUUCCAUUUAUAAUGGAAUCCUCUGAAAAAAAACGUAUCAAUUUAUUAAUUCAUGCUUUUAUGAAAUUAAUUGAAUUAUUUUCUACUGAUACAACAAAAUCAAUAUAUGAUUCAGUCUAUAUGGAAAAUGUAUUUGAUUCAAUGACAUUGAAUCAUUUAGCUGAGAGUUUUUUAAUCACUAUUGAACAAGUGAAACAAUGUUACAUACGUUCAAUGUACAAUUAUUUAAAAAUGCAUAAUUCAAUUUAUCCUAAAGUCUGUUUAUUAAAUUUAACUUAUAAAUUUUUAAAUGAUUUAAUUGAACAUUCUGUUGCGUUAUGUUGGCUUGAAUGUGCCAAUUGGGCUGGUUAUCAAUCGGAACUGUUUAAUUCAGAGAAUAAUUUUAUUUGUCAUGAUGAUAGUAGUACUAGUAGUAGUAGUAGUAGUAAUACUACUACUACUGUUGAUCAUUUCAAUAGUAAAUUAUGUUCAUGGACAUAUUUACAUGCUUUGUAUAAUAUUGAACGACCAAAAUCUGAUAGAUCAAAUAAGAAAUUAUUUUCUAAUCUCUCUAAUAUUGAUCCAAUGGAAUUAUGGUCUAUUGAACGAUAUCGUUUACAUUUAGCUAGAUAUGCAUUCACUUAUUGUACAUGUACAGAUUAUUUAAAUGAUUUGACUAAUUUCAUUGGAUUUUGUAUUUUACGCCUUGAAUGGAUUUCAUUAUCAAUGCAAAUGUUAAACAAUAAUAAUAAUAAUCAACAAAAUGAAAGGAAUUUCAAAAAAUUAUCUUUUAAUAUCAUGAAACAAUUUGUAAAAUAUGUUUCGUCUGAUUCGAAACAAUCAGAAAUGGCCAACACUAAUCAUCCUCAUCAUCAUCAAAGUAUGAAGUUGUAUUUACCUCCAUUUUAUUCCGAUUCAACAAAUUGUGUAUUUUCCGAAUUGGCCAGCAAUAAUACCAUGAUGGAUGAUGAAUUUGCACCGAUUGAUUGUUCGAAUUAUGGUUUUUAUGAACAUCGUCUUUGGUUUGUUUUUCUCAUGAAUUGGUCUCAGCUUGAUCAAAUCAAUAUUUUUUCUAAUGAUCAUGAUGUUGAUUGUAAUAUUUAUCAUAUUUGGUGUAAAACUAUUUUAGAAGUAGCCAGUCGGGAUACACGUUUAGCUAUUAGUUAUACAGCGAUUGGUUCAAAAUUUUGUCAAUUUUACUCGAGUAAUUCUGUUUCUUGUUUGAAUUAUAUGAAUGAAGUUAGCGGUGUUCUAUUGCCGUUUCUGGAAUUGUCUAAUAUUACGGAAGAAUUUGAUAGUACAUAUCGUAUUGUCUUGGUACUUUUAUGUUAUACAUUGGUGUCAAUUUAUGAAUCUAAAAAUGUUGACUAUAAUCCUCCCCUGUGUGGAUGUUUUCCAUCUGGUGAAUAUUUAUGCUCGAAAUGUUGUUUAUUAAUAAGAUCGGAAAAUUUCAAUCAGAAAUUUAGUAAACUUCAAAAACAACUUGUCAAUGUAUUUUUAAUUGUUUUAAGAGAAAGUUUAAUUCGUUGUCUGGUCAUGAAAUUUCCUAGUAUUGAUUUUGUACGUUUUCGUCAUGAUCAAACUUAUCGAGAAGAUACUAUUUAUGGAUUGUGUGCAACGCAUUUCUCACUUGGUCUACAACUUUGUGCAUGUUAUCAUCUUAAUCAACUUGAAGGUGUAUUUUGUCGUCUUGAAUGUUUGUUUCGUGAUGAAGAUUGUACGAAUAAUGAUCGACUGAAACAAAUGAUCGCUAGUAUCAUCAGUCGGAUUGUUAAAUUGCCAAAUGGAUUAGAACUUUUAUUGAAUCGUUUGCAGCAAACCGUUUAUCCAUUUCUGACACAAUUUUCACAAAUAAAAUUAUUUUUUGACGUGAUACCUAAUGAUGAUGAUGAUGAUGGUGAUUCUCAGGCAAUAAUUGAUGGCAUUCAAAUAAGAUCACAUCGAAAACUAUUGAAUAUUUUAUGUAAAUUACAAAUUGCCGAUCAAUUAUUCCAUUGUGUAACCUAUCAAGAAUUCAUUAAAUUUCUUCAUCACUCUUCUGCAUUGCAUAAUCAUCCACUGUGUAUUCAUGUGAAAACAAAGUCAGAUGCAGAUGUUAUAGCAAAAGUUGUUGAACAAAUACAAGAAGUCAAUGACGAUGACAGUAUUGACAUUACAUCGUUACAAGUUGGUGAUAUUUAUGCAAUAUUUGGUUUAAAAGUAUUUUACGAUCCGACAUUAUUUGAAUCUUUUACUGAGAUGUCUGACUUAUUAAAAUUAUUCAAAUCAAUCGCUCCAGGUAAUACGACAAAUGAUGUUGCACGAUUUAAAAACUGGUUGAAUGAAUUGUUAUAUGAUAGUGAAUUUUCAAAAGAUCUAUCGAUUAGUCAACGUCGUUUGGUUUUGAAAUCGGCACAUACGUUUGUUUCAAGAUUAAAUAAAACUAUUGUCAAUUCAGAAUGGAGCAAUAGUGGUGUUGACGAGAUGAUCAAUGGUUAUGUAUCGCAUUUCGAACAAAUUUUGUAUUUAUUAAAUAAAAUUUUAUUUCCUCAAGAGAAUAACACCAAUGAAAUUGAUCCUGAUGGGAAUUUCCACAAUAAAUACUCUUUACCUAAGGAAUUGUAUAAAAAAUUAAUCAGUAUGAAACCUAGUAAUCAAUUGGCUAUGGUUGAUUGUUUGAAAGAACUUAUUUUUGGAAUAAUUAAUAACAUGGAUUGUGAUGAACACAAUAAGAAUACUGACAGUGUAUCAGUUUGUUUACAAAUUUCUACGAAAUUACAAAUUCUUGGCUGUUUACUACCUCCUUGUUUAAAAAUUUUAGAAAUUAAAAAUGAAAUAUGGUUAACUAUUCUACAAGAAAGUUUAUCUGUUUGUUUCUCAAUAUUAUCAUCAAUCUACACUGUACGUUUUGAAUAUUUCGCGCAAAUCAAUUUCCAUCAACAUGAAUUAUCAACACCAGUGUUUACAACAAAUACACAAAUUCAAACAUUAUAUCCACAUGUGAAUGAUUUUCUGAAUUUAUUUAUUAAAGAACAACAACAACCACAACCAGCGCAAUUGGAUGAUACGUUGUUCUUUGUUGACUCUAUUCAACUGUUGUCAUGUUUUCUUUCCAAUGACAUUAUUCGUCGUUUAUUUGGUCAACAUCUAUUCAAUUCAUAUUCGAAUACUGAUGAUAAUGAUUGGGAAGAAUCAAAUGUUACCAAUUUAUUUUCAAUAUUUGUUAAUACUAUAAAAUAUUAUUUACAAAAUUCUUUUUUUAAUUCAAAAUUAUUAUCUCAUUUCUAUGAUCAAUUGUUGUUGAUCAAUGUAGAAAGUGAUGAGAUGAAUGAAUUUAAAAAUUGUAUAGAAUGUUUAUUUCAACAAAAUGAUCAGCGUCAAGAUGAUGUUCAACGACAAAUUGACAAUGGUGUUGUUGUUGUUGGUGAUGAUGAUGAUUCAUUUCUUGUUAUCAAAGAGAAUGUAGAAAUAUUGCGCACGAUCAUUGAACUCAUCGAUCUCAUUGUAACUGAUGACAUUCUACCAGAGAAAUGUGAUUUCCUUCAACAUUUAUGGAUACUUUGGUAUGAAUAUUGUGAAAAAUCCGGAUUAGUUUUUAUUGACAAUGGUUUAUUCAACUCGGAACUACUUAUAGAUCAAUGGACAAAAUUUUGUAUCCCACCAGUGGAAUUUGCUAAAGCAGGACUUAAAAUGUUAUCAGAUUAUUAUACUACAAAUAAACCGCUUCAUUCUUAUCCACCUACAUAUCAAGCUGCAAUUCUUGGUGUUGCAUUGAUACAAUCGAAUUCUGAUGUGAUACAUUCUGCCUUAUCAAUUUUAACCAAUAUUACCGACCAAUCGAUUAUUCAAUAUUUAGAUACCAAUGUUUGUUGUUAUUUUCUAUGUACACAUCCUAGACAAUGGUUGAAUUUAAUCAACCAGAAUUAUAAUUCCAAUGCUCCAAUAAUUUAUCAGAAAUUAUUUUCUAAAAUAUUCAAUUCUUUAAUUGAUUUACUGCAAUUCAAUCAUCAUAAUCAAGCUGUUGUUUAUUUUCAAUUAGGACGUAAUAUUUGCUUGUUAUUACGUAAUGAAGAUUUAUGGUUAGAAAUGGCACAGAUUUGUAUGAUUAUUUAUCGUAUCCAACCGGGUCGAAUACCAAUGCAACAUGUAAUGAAGUUAGUCAGUGAACUGGAAUUUCACGAGUGUUAAACUUGUUUAGCACCUUUUUUUAGCGAGUUGAUUUUCUACCUGAUUGGAUUGUUAAGCCGUAUACCCAACCCUUCUUCCUUUUCUUUAUCCCGGGCUUGGGACCGGCAGUAGACCCAGAGGCGGGGUGCUCCAGGUGGAGUGGGAGUUAAACUUACUGAUUAAUAUAUAUGUAUAUUUUUCUAUAUUCAUGUCUUUCAUUGAAUAAUCUAUUUUCUUUUUUUGAUGUACAAUCUUGCUAAUUUUAUAUUCCUUUUUCUUGUUUAUUUCAAACUAACUUUUUAUCUUGUAUAAAAAAAAUAGGCAACUUUUUUUUGGCUGAUGUACAGUAAACUUUUUUUUUCUUGAUUUUGUUGUGAAAAAUUGACUAUUUGUACUUUUGUACAUUCCGGUUAAUAUAUUGGAU